AACGUGGGGCGGGACGGAAGCCUCGUUGGGUCAGACCGUGGCGGCGCGGGAAGUCCGGACGCCUUAGCAGCCUGAAGAGGAGGCCUGAGGCGGAGGUCCGGCCCCGGUGGCCGCAAUGGCGGAGAGGCCCGAGGACCUAAAUUUGCCCAAUGCCGUUAUCACCAGGAUCAUCAAGGAGGCGCUCCCGGACGGUGUCAACAUCUCCAAGGAGGCCCGCAGCGCCAUCUCCCGCGCCGCCAGCGUCUUCGUGCUGUACGCCACAUCCUGUGCCAACAACUUCGCGAUGAAAGGGAAACGCAAGACACUGAACGCCAGCGAUGUGCUCUCGGCCAUGGAGGAAAUGGAGUUCCAGCGCUUCAUUACCCCGUUAAAGGAAGCUCUGGAAGCAUACAGGAGGGAGCAGAAAGGCAAGAAGGAAGCCUCAGAGCAGAAGAAGAAGGACAAGGACAGAAAAACAGAUUCAGAAGAGCAAGACAAGACUAGAGAUGAGGACAAUGAUGAAGACGAGGAGAGGUUGGAAGAAGAAGAACAGAACGAAGAGGAAGAAGUGGACAACUGAAUAGGGCGAGGAGACUGGCACCUUGGAAGGUACCCCUCGGAAGUGUGGUGUUGGUUUGUGUGAAGGAUUUUCCUACUGGGCAGAGCAGUCUUAGCCAGAAGAGCCUUAGAAGAUCAAAAUGAAAACUGUCUAGAAGUAUCGAAACGAGCGCUUCCCAGACUCAGAGCUUCUGAGUAGCAGAAUCCUGUUCUACUUAAUCAGUCUGAAGGUUAUGACUUUUUGGCAAGAGGGAUUCUGAACUGAUAAUUUGAUCUUAUUUACUAAUAUAUGUGAUUAGGCAGUUUUUGAUUCCCAGCUCCCUCCAACCCCCACAAAAAAUAAUAACUUCCAUGCCACCUGCUGUGUUCCAGAUCACUGGAGGCCGUCAAAGCUCAGGAGAAAUUGGGGUUUAGAUCAUGGUCAGCCUGUUUGUACAGUAUUUGGCAAUGCUAGUUUGUGACAAGUGGUCAAAAAGGUUUAGUUUUGGGAAACGACUAAAAAGCUGAAAUCUGUUGUCUCUUCACUUGACAGUAACAUUAAUUUAAUUUUGGUUUCUACUGACCCACUUGGCUUGGGGCCCUUCUGUAUUGCCUGUAGGCACUUGACCUGUUGGGGUGGCUGCACUCUGGGCACAUAGGGUUUUAAAUCCUCAGUAUGCCAGUGUCUUACUCUUACAAAACCGAUGGUUUAGACUUAGAUGCACCUCACUGCCUGCCACUGCACAGCUUUAGACUGUUGUCACCUCCUAGAAGGUAUAAAAUUCCAGGCUUUCUCUUGUAGUCCAUCUCCCAGACUUGUGACUUAUGACUUUUCAUUCUUCCAAUUCAUGACAAAUUCCAAACUUUACUUUUUUUUAGGCCCAACUUUCUUUUCUGUGUUGUUUCUCACUUCCUGCCUCUCCUCUGCUCCCCAUUCCCACUUUCUCUUUUUCUCACUCUGCCCAUCCAGGAACAUUGAUAACCUUCUUAAUAUCCCCAAGUGUGGGCUCCUCUGAUUUCUUAGUUCUAAUCUCAUAUCUUAUUUCUGUUCUUUCUCCCUCUACACCCCCCCCCCCAAUGUCAUGUCUUUUAAAAAUAUUUUUGUAAACCUCUAUGAACCUUAAGGAAAAUCUGAAGGUGCUCAGGAAUCUAAUCCCUCUCCCACAACCAUCCCCUUUAAUUGCUUCUCAAGUACUUCUGUUGACCUUUCGUAGAUAUGGGUUUUUUUCUCUUUCCAUUUAGUGCUCCAAGCACUUUUUUGCUUAUCUCUAAGGCAGUUGACAGGUAGUGAAGUGUAGUUUGACACUGUUAAUUUGUUAAAUUAAUACAGUGAAAAAUUUGUUGAUAAAUGAGUGAAGAGUGUUGAGAAAAUUAUAGUGCUUUGUACAAAU